AUGUCCUCAGAGGCCCCGGGUCCACAGGACCAGGACUGGGCUCCGUUCUUCACCGUGUUCGCAGGCUCCUCCCCAGAGGAUGUGUCCCACGCCCGGCAGCUGUGGAGCUCCCUGGCCCUGCUCCCUCCGCAGGAGUCCCGGCUGGUGUCGGCGGACAUCCGCCAGAGGCUGCCCGUGUCCCGGCCGCAGCGCAGCGGCACCGCCGGGCCCGGACCGUCCGCCCCGGAGCCGCCCAGCCUCCCGGUUCUGCGGCAGAUGGAGGAGGAGAGGCGGCGGUACCGGGCCAUGGCGGAGCAGAGGAAGGAGAUCCUGGCCCUGCUGAAGAGGCACCGGGAGCACAGGGUCCGGAAGGAGCUGCUGUCUGUGGGCGUCCGAGCCAGAGGGGAGGCCGGGAGGGAGGGGAGGACGGCCGGGAGGGAGGGGAGGACGGCCGGGAGGGAGGGGAGGACGGCCGGGAGGGAGGGGAGGACGGCCGGGAGAGAGGGGACCACAGCCGAACUGACAGAGUCCAACAGGGACCUGGAGAUGGUCCAGCAGCUUCAGUGGAAAACUGUGGUGUUCACUGAAAGAUUCCUGAGAGAUCAUUGGGAGGUUGAUGAGAUCACUGAGGGCUCGUUGACAGGUUGA